AAAGCCCGUGGGUUAAAGUUGGAGAUAAACAACUUAAGAAAAAGAAAAAGAAGCGUAAACAUCGUGAGGCCAAGAAAUCGCUACAACUCACUGCUGCAGAAUCGGAAGAAAAUUUGCCACAAAUAUCAGAAGAAACACAAACUGUUCAUUCUAAGACGUAUCAAAUGACCAAACGAGAGACAAACAAAAGAAAGACGACCCUGUCGGAACAAAAACCUACAAAGCACUACGUCUACAGU